GGGAGAGGCCUGAUCUGCUUAGGUGAUGCAUGAAGAGCUGCAAGGAGUGGCGGAGGAGAAGAGCGGGUGCGCGAGCGACGACCGAAAGUGCGCGAGAGUGCCGAGGAGAGCAGGUUGAUAUGUGAACGUGAGAUAGCGGAAGAAACAAGAGACUGGGGGAGAACUGAAAGCAGGAGAGCUCACCUCUUAUCCAGCAUCUUUGAGAAGCUGAGCCAGACGCAAAGAGAGCAUGGCGAAUAUUACAACCACCAUCCACCCAAGUAGUCUCCCUGAGGCAAUCCCCCUGUCCCGCGUCUCCUUACAGGUACAAGAAGUCUACCCCUUCCACGACGGCUGGAACGUCGCCUGUUUCAUCAUCCUUCUGCUCUUCAUCCUCACUGUCCUUUCCCUGGCCGCUUUGGCCGUCCUCUAUGAGCUACUGGACUGUGGGUGCUGCUCUAAAGGCAAAACCCACCACCAGCUACAGGAGGAGGGGCCAGGAAGCUGCGGCAAGCUCAUGACCAACAUUUGCAAGGAGCCAGACUCCCACACUGAAGUGGUAUAGAGGCAACAGAAACAAAAGACAAUUUGAAUUUUAGGUCUCAGUGGAAAAAAGGACUAAAACUGCCAGACAGUAUGGAAAAAAUUUAAUAAUGGUAAUAUCACAAGACCUUGAUUUUCCCCCCCCUAAUUUCAAUCAACACAUUUUUUUCCUGCACCCAAUGUAAAAAUGUACAUUACAUACCACUAGAAGAAAUAGCAAGCAUGAGCGCUGACAGUGUUGCUUAAAAUGCUUUUUUUAAAUAUAAAAACUCUGUCGUAUUUUGUUGAUUUUCUUUUUUACUCAAGGGGAAUAUAUGGUUGCAUGCCAAAACGAUGGUAAUGUUAAUCAGCAUCAUUGCCUCAAAAAGCAAGUGUGUUUUUAUCCCUGUUACACAUUACCUGCUUGACAAUGAUGUCAACAUAAAUAGCACCACUUCAUUGGCUCAAGUCAAGUUUUGUUGCAGAACAGUGAUAUGUUUUACUGUGUCAUUCCAUAUGCCUUACCACAAAUGCCUGAUCAACUCUCACUAAAGUACGUGGGUUUUAUUUACUGUUUAAAAACUGGUGCUUGGCAUGUAAAUUGUACGGGAUUAUAUAGCUAGAUAGAUGGCUAGCUCGAGAGGGGGAGAUAGAGAGAGGCGUGUUAAAAUGAUACAAUUUGUCAGGUGUCUGAUGGAACGUUCCCUUAUAUGUUGUAAACUUUUUUUUAGAUGAGGUUUCCAAAGCUUGCUGAGCGUCUCUGUCCACAAUUCAUUUACUAAGAAACCAUCUACACGGGUGUCAGAGUGUGUUAUUGAGAUGUAAUGUCAAAGUCAGUGUUAUUACUGCCAAUAAAGCCCCACUUCACAGAAA